CCGCUGUGAGCGAGCAGUGCGGCCCGCGCGUCCACGCAGAGAGGAGGCCCCUCGCCCGUCGGUACACAUCGAGCACAUUGACAGCCUGAAAAAAAUUACGUAAAUAUUACAACACUCACGCAUUGAUUGCCAAACACAAGCAACCGUGAUCGGCGCAGUACCCGCCGACCCCCGGACUGACCCGCUCCUAGUGCCAAACGCGUUUAGUUUCUAUUGUGAUAUUCCGUUGACCCUGGUGAUUUUAUUUUAUAAUAUUUAUUUUUGCCCCCCCUGUGGUGUUUACUGAAUCCGACUCUGUGAUUGGUUGUGCUUUGUUUUGGUUCUAUUGGAUUGUUGCUGGUGGAAAUUGAUGUAACCGCGCAAUCAAAAUGGUGUGAACGUAAUUAAAAAGUGUUUCGCCGGCCUAAUAUGGCAGGUCCUUGUGUAAAUGUGACUUUCUAAUAACAAUACGUGUCCGUGCCCCACGCAUGACGUAGAGAGUGGCGCCACCAUGGGCCGACGACGGUGGAGGUUCAUCUCCAUUGCUGCUAUACUGCUGUUCCUGACAAAAGACAUACGGUGUCAAGAUGAAAACGACUUCUUUUAUUCUGCGGCGGAAAGGAGUUUCGCUCAAGUUCAGCCGUCUAUUUAUCCAAACAAUCGUCCAGCGAUGUACUUCGAGCAGGACGACCCGUACCGGGGCGCGCCGCCCACCGCCGCCAGCCCCCCGCAGCCGCUGUACAACGAGGGCCGCGUGAGGUUCCCCUCCCCCGGCUACAACCAGAACCCGGCUCCGUUCCAGGUGCCCACCGGCAGGAGCCAGGCCGGCGGCCAGUUCUACGUGAACCAACCUGACUUCCCACCAACGCAGCGCCAGAGAUAUAGGCUCGCACUACCUCACAACUAUCAAAUACUACAUCCAGCCUCCACCAAGAGGCCAGACAUAUCACAAAUUCACUCUGUAGCAUACCAAAACGAUCCCUCGAAACCGGAAGCGUUUCUGGGACAAGUUACGAUCAACAAUCCUGAUAUUGACUUCCUUCAAAAUAGUAGAUUUAAAAAUAUACCGUUUGAUGGAAACAGUUUGAAGAGCAACAUUCAAGCGCAUCAUAUUUCAAAUGAUGAGGACAUUGAUAAUGAUAGUCAAGACUUGUUCGAACGACAUAGAGUAACGACUUAUAAUCCAAAUUCAAACAGACAGCGAGUGAUUAGACCUAACCCAGGUCGCUUCCCCCACUACGAAGGAGAUCCACCAAUGAAUGAUCAAACCAUUUUCCAAAAAACUCCUAAUAAAGUUUAUAUUUCUAAGCCUUCUAAGCCAAACGCUCCUUAUCACGAUUCUUCAACUGAAUACAAAGCAAUGCUUGACCUGGAACCCUUACUUGAAGAUGACAUAAGUGAUAUUUCAUCAUUCAGAGAGCUUAUGAAGAAUAAAAAAGGUUCUUAUGAUGUUCAAGUAAUUAAAUCGAAUCAUAGUGAUGAUUCUGAUAAAUACGACAACAACCCAUCAGCAAGUUCAAUGACUUCUGAUAAUAUGCCAAAGGUAGUGCCAUUAGAAGUAAAACAAGUUGAAUCGGCAACUACAACCAAAUUACCAGAACCUAAAACCACUGAAAGUGUUGUGACCAACGAAGAUACUUCCGAGGAGUCUCAUGAAUCUCAAACAGUUCAUGAUCCGGAACAUGAAGACACUAAUCAAAACGAAGGAGCCGAUGAAGAAUAUGUCGAGUAUUAUGAUGACGCUGAAACAUCAUCUGAAGCACCUCACCCUACAACGCAAAAAGCUCAGCCAACAGAGCAUCCAGAUGAAUAUGAAGAAUAUGAUUCUAGUGAUGAACAUCAACAAGAUAAUGAACCAGCUCAUCAUAAUGAUAAUGUGAAAACAGAGUUAAAUAGCACCAAUGACUUUGAUAUCCUUGAUAUGAAACCAAACAAAACAUUAGUAAAAGAUGAUAACUUCAAAGAGUUCGUAGAUACGACCAUCAUUGACCAAAUGGAACAUAUGUCAAGUGAAAGCACUACUGAAUUUAGCAAAGAAUCUGGCAGCGAAGAAGAAAUUGUAACUGUCGAUAUUCCAUCUAUUCUAGGCGAAGAAGUUGUAUCUGUUGUAACAACCAAAAGUGUCGUAAAUGGAACUAUAUCCGUUCCAAACUACACUAACCAGCCUUCAUCUACAAAACCUAGUGUAGUACCAGAGACUGCAUCACAUGAUCCAACCAAUGAUUCAUCAAUUCCAGUUACGACAGAAAAUUGGGUUGUGGUGGCUUCCGUUCAAACAAGUCGAAGCGUUUCAGGAGCAAGAUUCUUACCAUUCCCAACAGUUGAACAAGAAGAGAAAAAACAAGUGCUUACUGAUGAAGAAAGUGAAGAAGGCGAAGAAGCAGUUACGAAGAACCCUAAAGACGAAACAUCAACUUCCGAUAGUGAACAGUCUCUUUCUGCAUCGACAGAAAACAUCAAUGACAAAUUAGAUAGUAUCCAAUCUGAAUUAUCAAGUGGAGUAUUAGGUGGGUCUUUGGAUACAGAAAACAAAAAUAUAGAAAUUAUAAAAGAACCUACAACAACUAAACAGCCUACAACAACAACAACAACAACAACAACGACGACGACGACAACUACUACGACCACUCCCGCUACAUUAAACGUAUUCACAAUCAAGAGUACUGAAAUACCUACGCCAACAUCAGAACGGUCAGCCCCUGAUCCUCUACCUGUAAAUAUCAAAAAGUUUGCACCAAGAGUGUCCACGUCUACCACUCCUAAGCCAAAGAAAAAACUAGUAACUGUAAUGGAUGACUUGUCUCCAGGUUUGUUACCUCCAGGAUACAGACCGAGGAUGUCAUACAAGGACAAGCGCACCAGCACAACUAGCACUACGACUCCAACUACGACCACGUCCACUUCUACUACAACUGAAGCUCCCGAGUCUUCUUCUUCUGUAGAAGAUAGUAGUAUUAAUGGAACACAGGCCCGUUCAUCAGGUAUCAGUUCAAAGAAUAAAGUCAUCAUACAAGACAAACCGGGUACUUCCAAGGAGUUCAAGCCAAAGUUGCCAGCAAAAUUACAACCAGAUGAUCUGAGUAAAUUUUUGCCACCUGGAUAUAAACCACCAGCAAACACAGAGUCGUCUGAAUCUGGUGAGAUAAAAAAAUCAAGUAUAUUUGACAAAGUGCAAGAAAUAGACAUCUCAUCGUUUUUACCUAAAGGAUUUAAACUAAAUGCAACAACAACGGAAAAACCGAAGUUGCCAGUAAAAUCUGUACCCGUGGGUGUUCCUAUUGAUAUAUCUGCAUUAUUACCUCCUGGGUUUAAGCCGAAAGCUGAUGAUGACGAGAAUCCGCUUAUCAAGAUUAAAAUAGCAGACAUAUCGGAUCUACUUCCACCUGGUUUCAAGCUUAACAAUACUGAAGAGGACAGUACACCCUCAACAACAACGACGACAACAACAAAAGCUCCAUCUGGUGGCUUCAAAGUCGUGUUCCCAUCGAGAGCUGGGGCCAAGCCCAUACGGAAAACUACAACUUCCAAGUCUACCGAUGUAGAAGGAGGAGGACCAGGGCAUGUUACCCCAAAAAUAAUGAAAGGAUGGCCUACGAGAGCUUCAACGGAAUUCACGGGCUGGCCGUCUCCGUCAACGACGCCGUUCUCGAUAGAGAAGCUUCUGGAAGCGCAGCGGAACGCCACGGCCACGAGCCCCAUGCCCGAGGUGACGGAGGCGGCGACCCGCCGGACCACUACCACCACCACCACCACGCCGCGACCCACGAUCCCGACCACGCCUGGAGUGUGCAGGCGGGACUGCGAUAUUGCCGCUACUAUUAAAAUUGUUGCAGGUGUUCAAUGGGUGCCUGAACUAUUGGAUCAUCAUACUGAAGAGUGGCAAAGGUUGGCAGAAGAGGUGAAAGAAGAGCUCAACUCCGUAUACUCGAAAUCAGAUCUCUUAAAAAAAUGGUACAAGGGCAUUCGCAUUGACGGCUUCAGCGAGGGCUCGGUGCUUGUGGACUUUUUCAUCGAACUGAAUGACGUCGCAGACAAAGUCGACACUCAGGAUCUGAAGAAACUAUUCCAUACGUCACUUCACAAAGCCAGGCCAGGAUCAGUGGUCGAGAAAAUUGAGGAAGAAGCAUCUGAAACUGAUUUUGAUCCUGAUGCCAUGCUUGGAGACCAACCAGAGGAGGAGAGAAUGAAGAAGAGCAACGAAAAGAUGACGAAAACAAUCGAUAAAUCGGCUGGAAAGCUGGAAAUAGGAAAGUUUGUUAUGGAUCCAGCAUACACUGAAUUUAUUGUGUUGCCGAAGCGUGAGGAGAUAACAACGAUGGCACCGGAAGAGGAGUCGUUCCUGCCGCAGUGGGGAAUCGCUGUCAUAGUCAUUGCCAUGGCUUCCUUGUUAUUCGUUGUCAUAUUUGGUGUUACUGUGCUAGUGAACCGUCAGAAGAGUGCCAAAGCUAAGCAGCCGAUCCCAUUAAGUGAAGAUAUGCUUCGAGAGCUGGACAAGAGUCACAUGGGAGGGUUCGAUGACCUGCACCAACUGAAGGAGCGGGAACUACCGUACCACUCCACUGGGAAGCGCAACUCGACGGCGUUCAUCGAGCAGCUGGCGUACCAGAACCCGGGCGACUCCUGGCGCUCCGAGUGGACGCCGCAGCUGCAGAAGUACAUGCAGCACUACACGCCCGACUCCGGACGCGGCUCGCAGAUCUACGGCGCUGGGGGGAACCAAUACGGAUAUGGCGGCGGAUCCCAGAUCUACGGGCAGACUGGAGGGGGCUCCCAGAUGUACGGGUACUCGGGCGAGUAUCCCCCCCCGCGCCACUACACGCGCCGCCGCUCCGAGUAUGACAGCAACUUCUAAGCCCAACCCGGGACGCACGGCACCUAGAUGAACUCUCGACUUUUUCUGUCACCUUAAGCAUUAAAAGCUGCGCUGUGAUUGGCGGAACCGUCGAUAUAUAUGAAUUCAUGGAUUAAAAGCUGCGCUGUGAUUGGUGGAACCGUCGUCGGCGUCGACACAUGAAUUCAUAGACGUUUCUCUAAGUGCCGUGCCUGGCAGCAUUAUUAUCAUUAUAGAUACAACUGCCAUAGUCGCGUUUAACACGCUUUGGUGAUGAUGUAAAACUCCAAAUACCCUGACAAUAUCUCCUUUUGAAUCUAAAAUGUCUAAAUACUCGUUAUUAGUGAAGUUUCGCUCAUUAACACAGUACGCUUCAAGAUGAUGAAGCGGCGGGCUGAAAUGCCUGUUCUUAUCCAAUUGCUAGAAUGAACUUAUUUGUUCGAGCAAUUACCGCGUAUAGAGGCAGGCAGUUUAAGCACUUGAUGUUGGAAUAUAACUCUUAGAUGGAAUGGGAUUAGGUCCCUACACAUUAAACAUCAAAGUCCUUCUAAGUGUGUUCGCCUCUGUACUUGAUAAUGGGUAUAAUAGCCCGUUUUGUAUCUUUAAGCGUACUGCAACAUGUUCAUAUGUCUUCAUUAUAGAAAAUCUUAAAUAUUUUAGCUAACAGGUUGUGAAAUCGACAUCACGGUAAACGAAUAGCAUGUCUCAGAACGGGCGACAGAGACUUAGCAGCUAUUGGAAUUCCCUGAAACAAGUAAAUUUAGAUUUCCUUACUGAGAAAGAUUAAAUUUUAGGUCAAAUUGUGUUUCUCAAGAACAUGUCAAAGUUUCAAUGGCUGCUGAGAAACUCUACGAACCCAUUACAUAAUAAAUUAUACAUUAUUAAAGAAAAUGUCUAAGUAUAUACCUAAAUACUUAAGUGUAGAUAAAAACUUUUGUUAUAACCUUUUUUCGUAUAAAAAGGAAUAUUACUGCCCUUUAAUGUAAUAUAUUUUUACUACCAGCUUAUUUCAGUCCGGCCUAUUUAGGACUUUAAAAAGUGCCAACUACAUAAAUAUUAUAUCCUAUUAAAUUUAUUAUUUCAUAAUGAAAUCCGAUUAUCUUGAAUGAAAUAAAUGUAUCUGCCAAAUUACUAUUAUACGACUGAUUACGUCAUGUAAAAUAAGUGUAUCAAAAUAGCAUUAAUUUAAGGCUAAGAUGGUGCGACAGCGGGCGCUUUCAUUUGUAUAUUUCAGCGGUCCUGAAAUGGGUCUAAUUGGAAACCGACGUAAUGUGUAAUAGUAGUGAAUGUUACAACAUGAAUUCGAUGUUUAGCUCCCCGCGCCCUGUCGGCCCUUAACAAUAGAGGAAGGGCUACAAGUAAUUUCUGUAGAUAUUCCUGCAUACCUAUAUUUGCUCAGUAAUGGAUAGUGUAUAAAGUACGUGCGUAGAGGCGGCGGUCGCGAGUGUGAGCGGAGCCUCUUUGUGCCAAAUGUAUGUGAGUGUGUGUAUGUGUAAAUGUAAAUACUAAACGAGAUGCGAGCUUCUGUUUAAAAAUAUUAACGUAGACUACGUAAUGUACCGCGUCCCGCCCUCUGUGACGUCACGCACAUAAUUAAGAUCAUUUUGUUUUAUAAAUCAGUCAAUUUCAUAUUCAUGAACUAGAUCCAUAAUGUAUUUACAUUUUUGUCGUUCGAAUUUAAUGUUUAACUUUUCGAAGUUUGCGAUAGGCUCCUUCGAGUCCUUUAAAAGUUCAUUGUACAUUCCUGGAUGAUGAUGAGUAUUAAAAACCAAUUAGUUGUAUGUAACCCUAGCAAAUUAUUGCAUGGUCGUUCAUGUAUAUAUAAGAACAAUUUUUGUACAUUAGAAUUUAAAUUUUAAUUAUUGUCAUAAUAGUUAGUGACGAAUUUAAAUUGUUAAGAUCGUGAAUAAAAUAAAAAUCUAUGAUGUAAUAAA